AUGAAUAAAUCGAUUAGCGAUGCACCAAAUAAAGAUGAAGAAACAUAUCAACUUCUCGAACAACUUGAUCAUAUUCUUAAACGACCUGAAACAUAUAUUGGUUCAAAUAAACCAUGUCACGAAGAAAUGUGGAUUCUUGAUGAAAAAAAUGAAGAAGGUCCAAAAAUUAUCAAAAAAGAAAUUACCUAUGUGCCAGGCCUCUACAAAAUUUUCGAUGAAAUUCUCGUUAAUGCUGCUGACAAUAAACAACGUGAUUCAACAAUGACAUCCAUCGAAGUAGAUAUUAAUCAAGAAAAAGGUGAAAUAAAAAUUUGCAAUGAUGGUCGAGGUAUUCCUGUCCGUAAAUGGGCUCAAGAUGAAUCUAUUUACAUUCCAACAUUAAUUUUUGGCAAACUUCUUACAUCAGAUAACUUUAAUGAUAAUAAUAAACGAAUUACAGGUGGUCGAAAUGGUUACGGUGCCAAAGUAACAAAUAUAUUUAGUACAAAAUUUACUGUUGAAACAUGUUCAAAAGAAUAUAAAAGAUCAUUUAAACAAACUUGGACAAAUAAUAUGCGUGAUCCACAAGAUGCAAUUAUAACUAAAACAAGUGAUAAUCCAAAAGAAUUUACUCGUAUUACAUUUAUACCAGAUUUAAAACGAUUUCAACUGGACAAAUUUGAUGAUGAUCUUGUUGCAUUAUUUAAGCGUCGUGCCUAUGAUGUAGCUAUAUCAACUGGUUGUAAAGUAACACUUAAUGGCAAACGUAUUCCAGUGAAAAAUAUGAAAGAUUAUAUGUUAAUGUAUAUUGAAACAUCAGAAAAAGAAAUUGUUUAUAAAAAAGUGAGUGAUCGUUGGGAAGUUGGUGUUGCAAAAAGUGAUCAUACUACUGGUUUUACACAAGUUAGUUUUGUUAAUUCAAUUUUAACAUCCGAAGGUGGUAAACAUGUUGAUUAUAUAACUGAACAAAUUUGUCCAAAACUUAUCGAACAUAUAAAAAAGAAAAGUAAAACAGCUGGAGAAAAUCUUAAACCUAUGCAAGUUAAAUCACAUUUAUUUAUAUUUGUUAAUUGUUUAAUUGAAAAUCCUGAAUUUGAAUCACAAGCAAAAAAGCAAUUAGCAACAGAACGUAAACAUUUUGGUUCAACAUGUCCAUUAAAAGAUGAUGAAAACUUUCUAAAAGAUGUUAUUAAAAAAACUGGUAUUGUUGAAUCAGUUAUUAAUUGGCUUGAACAUCGACAGGACGCUAAAUUACAAAAACAAAGUGGAUCAAAAACAUCGAAAUUAAAAGGUAUACCUAAAUUAGAUGAUGCAAAUGAUGCUGGAACAAAAAAUUCGCAAUAUUGUACAUUAAUUGUAACCGAAGGAGACUCAGCUAAAGCACUUGCUGUUGCUGGUCUUGGUGUUAUUGGUCGUGAUCGUUAUGGUGUUUAUCCAUUAAAAGGUAAAAUGUUGAACGUUCGAGAAGCAACAACAAAAAAAAUGACAGAAAAUAAUGAAGUUUCACAAUUAGUGAAAAUUCUUGGUUUAAAUUAUGGUGAAAAAUAUGUAAAUAAAAGCGAUUUAUCUAAAUUACGUUAUGGAAAAUUAAUGAUUAUGGCCGAUCAAGAUCAAGAUGGUAGUCAUAUUAAAGGACUUGUUAUUAAUUUUAUACAUUAUAAAUGGCCAAAUUUACUCAAACAUGAUUAUAUUGAAGUAUUUAUUACGCCCAUUCUAAAAGUUACCAAAGGUAAUGAUGUUAUUCCAUUUUAUUCUAUGCCUGAAUUUGAACAAUGGCAAGCAUCAACACGAAAUUGGCAAAAAUGGAAAUGCAAAUACUACAAAGGUUUGGGUACAUCUACAGCUAAAGAAGCAAAAGAAUAUUUUUCUAAUAUGGAUCGUCAUCGUAUUAUAUUUAAAUAUGAUUCAAUUAAAGAUGAUUUAGCCAUACAGUUAGCCUUUAAUAGUGCAUUAAGUGAUGAUCGUAAAGAUUGGAUUAAAUGGCAUACAGAAGAUGUUAAUCAAAGACGUGAACAAAAUUUACCAGCCGAUUAUUUAUAUAAAAACGAUACCAAAGCAAUAAAUUUUAAUGAUUUUAUUAAUAAAGAACUUGUUCUUUUUUCUAAAUCAAGUACAGAGCGUGCAAUUCCAAGUAUUAUGGAUGGUCUUAAACCUGGUCAACGUAAAAUAAUGUUUGUUUGUUUUACGAAAAACUUAAUCCGUGAGAUAAAAGUAGCACAAUUAGGUGGUAAAGUAGCCGAAAAUUCUGCUUAUCAUCAUGGCGAACAAUCAUUAACAAAUACAAUUGUUGGCCUUGCACAAAAUUUUGUUGGCUCAAAUAAUAUUAACUUCCUUGUACCAGCUGGUCAAUUCGGUACACGUUUACAUGGUGGUAGUGAUGCAGCCUCUGCACGUUAUAUUUUUACUCGACUUAGUCCUCUUGCUUUAUCAUUAUUCAAUAAAAAUGAUGAACCAUUAUUAUCAUAUUUAAAUGAAGAUGGUAUGAGUAUUGAACCUGAAUGGUAUUGUCCAAUAAUUCCAACUGUUCUUGUUAAUGGUGCACAGGGUGUUGGUACAGGUUAUUCAACUGAUAUACCAUCAUAUAAUCCAUUAACAUUAAGUAAUAAUAUGAGAUAUUAUAUUCGUCAAGAACGUGAACGACAACAUCAAUUAAAUAAUCCAACAUCUCAACCAAAACAAUAUUCGGAUGUAUUUACAUUAGAAGAAUUAAUUCCAUGGUAUAAAAACUUUACUGGUGAAAUUAAAUUAUUAGAUAAUGAUCGUUCACGUGGAGUUAUUAAUGGUGUUUGUGCUAAACUUGAUGAAACAUCUAUUGAAAUAACUGAUUUACCAAUUGGUACUUGGACACAACAUUAUAAAGAAACUAUUCUUGAAGCAAUGCUUCAUCCAAAACGAAAUGAUAUCGCUCCAAGUAUUCUUGAUUAUAAAGAAUAUCAUACUGAUACAACAGUUCGUUUUGUUGUUAAAUUAUCACAAGACCAAUUUGUUAAAUUUAAUGAAUCUGGUCUUCAUAAAAGUUUUCGUUUACAAGAAACAUUUAAAUUAACAAAUAUGGUUCUUUUCGAUCAUAAUGGUAUAUUACAUCGUUACAAAAGUCCUGAAGAAAUUUGUCAAGAAUUUUUCAUGGUUCGUCUUAAAAUGUAUGUUAAACGGAAAGAAUAUAUGGUUGGAACAUUACAAUCACAAUGUUUAAAAUUAGAUAAUGUAGCACGAUUUAUUAAAGAAAAAAUCGAAAAUAUAAUUAGUGUUGAAAAUAAAAAGAUAAGUGCAGUUGUUGAAAUGCUUAUCGAACGUAAAUAUGAUCGAGAUCCAGAAAAGGUUUGGCGUGAAGAAGCAAAAAAGAAGUUUGCUAUUGAUAUUCAAGCCAAUGCUAAUAGUGAUAAUUCAGAUCAACCAGAUGAUUUACAACAAAAACAAGAUGAUGAAGAAGAUGAAAAAAGUGAUGAUGAUGACAAUACUAAUAAAAAAGCAAAACCAACUACAUCAUCAACUGCAAAUAAAAUUGAUACAACCUAUUAUGAUUAUUUAAUUAAUAUGUCACUACGUAAUUUAACAAAAGAACGACGAAAUGAAAUUCUUAAAGAACAACAAGAAAAACAUGACAAGCUUGAAGCUUUACAAAAAAAAUCUCCUGAAGAUUUAUACGAAGAUGAUCUUAAUCAUUUUGAAGCUGAAUAUCAUAAAACUAUUGAAAAAGAACGUGCUGAUGAAAUGUCUGAAGUCGCCCACUAUACAACAAAAAAAGCCGCUGGCACUACUGCUACUGAUGGUAAAAAUCGUAAAAAACAAAUAACUAAACCACAACGUGCUGAAACAAAACCGGCUCCAAACGGUCAACGUAUUCAACCAAUUAUUGAUCCAGCAUUUGUCAAAAAAGUCACUGAAGAACUUAUUAAACGUAAUCGAGAAGAAAAAACUAUUGCUGAUAAACGAACAAUUAUUGAAUAUCUUGUUAAAGAAGGUGUUACAUCUCAAGAAAUAUCUGAAAUAAUGCAAAUACGUUGUAAAGAAAAGAAACGAAUCGGCAAUGCCGCAGAAAAGAAAUCAAGUGAAACAACAAAAGAAAAGAAAAUAGAUGGUACAGUGGAUGAAAAUAGUAAUUCAUCAAUAAUUUCAAUAGAUGGAAAAGAUAAUUCGGAAAAUAUCAAAGAAGAAAUAUCACCAAAACGUAAUGCAAAACGUACAGCAAAAGGAAAAGGUGUUAAAUAUGGUAGUGAUGAAGAGAGUGAUGAAAAUCAAGAAAACAUUAAUGAUAAUGAAUCAGAUUAUGCUGGUAAUGAUUCUGGGACGGAAAAGAAAAUUAAAAAAACAAAAUCAAAACCAAAAGUACAAUCACCCGAAAAGAAAAAUGCAUUAAGUGUUCUUAUGCAAAAUCGACAAAAUAAAGAUGAAAAUAAAACAGAAAAACCAAAAAAACCUCGAGCUAAAAAAGAAUCUGGUGCAACAACAAAGAAAGAAACUGUUAAGAAAGAGAUAAAAACAGCAAAACGACCAAAACCAUCAGCUAGUGAUGAUGAUGAUAUCGCCAUUAUAUCAACAUCACCUAAUGCAACUAAAAAGGCUCGUACACAACGUGAUGGUGCUGCUAAGAAAACUUAUCAUAUUUCAGAUGAUGAUGAUUUCGAUUAA